UACUUUACAGAACACUCUCUGUUUUGUUUUUGUUUUUGUUUUUUUAUCAAUCAAUGGCCACUGAUAGAGAGAAUCUACUACUCUCAGAUGAUCACGAAGAAACGGCGGCGUUUUGUGGAUGUGGGUAUUUUCGUAAACUAUGUGUAGUCCGGUGGAGACGGCGAAGAGGAGGAGGAGACGACGACGAAGAGGCGCGUCUCCACCAUGGUCAUCGCGGCUCUUUGCAAGAAGAAAGAGGAGUAGUAAAUUGGGGGAUUGAGAAACUUAAGGGGCUAAAAGAGAUUUCUGAGAAAAUUGCGGGGCCGAAGUGGAAAAACUUUAUAAGGAGUUUUAGUCAUAGUAGGAAGAAGAUGAGGAGAGAUGUUGAUUUCACUUAUGAUCUGAAAAAUUAUAGUCUUAAUUUUGAUGACGGCGGUGAUGGUGGUGGUAGCCAAGAUCCUUCGCCGGAGAGGUUUGUAGCUCCGCUUGUUAUUAAAGUUUGAUAUUUUUUUUGUAUUGUUUUUUUUUUAAUAUAAUGUUAAUACAAAGAUACCUAAAGGGUUUAUAAUUAAUUUCGUAUUAAAUUAGGUCUAAUUUUGAUGUUC